AUGGUGAAGAACGAAGAAAUCGUCGGCUCGGCGUUGGCGCAAGUGCUGCCUCGUUACGACAAGCCUUGGUUCAAGGUGCCGCAUCUGUUGAGGCUCAACCUCAUUCUUCUUGUGCCACUGCUUUCGUCUGCUGUGGCUGGCUACGAUGGCUCGAUGAUGAACGGUUUACAGUCGACGUCCUCGUGGAAGAACUACUUCAACGACCCCAAGGGAUCCGUACUUGGCGUUGUGAAUGCUGCACAAUCAAUCGGUUCCGUCGUCUCCCUCCCCUUCGUGGGCUACCUCUCCGACAAGCUCGGCCGACGCUACACGCUCCUCCUCGGGUGCCUCACCGUCGUCAUCGCCUCGGCCAUUCAAGCCGCCUCCGUCAACUACGCCAUGUUCGUCAUCUCGCGCCUCCUCGUUGGUGUUGGCGGCAUGCUCGUGACGCAACCCUCGCCCAUGCUCAUCGCCGAGCUCGCCAUGCCCCAACACCGCGGCAAGCUAACCUCCGCCUUCUGGACCUUCUACUACUUCGGCGCCAUCCUCGCCGCCUGGUCCACGUACGGCACGCAAAAACACAUCUCCAACUCAGACUGGGCGUGGCGCGGCCCCUCGAUCCUGCAGGCCGCCUACCCAAUUCUGCAGAUCGCCUUCUUCUGGGUCCUGCCCGAAUCCCCGCGCUGGCUCGUCGCCAACGGCCGCGCCACACAAGCCCGCGAGAUCCUGACCAAGUACCACGUGGGCGGCGACGCAUCCCACCCGCUCAUCGACUUUGAAAUGGCGCAGAUCGAAGCAGCCAUCGAGUCGGAAAAACAGGCCUCCACCACCAAAUGGUCCUCGCUCGUGGCCACGCCGGGCAACCGCAAGCGCACCAUCAUCGCCGUGUGCGUCGGUGCCUUUGCGCAGUGGAACGGCGUGGCCGUCAUCUCGUACUAUUUGACGCUCGUGCUCGACACCAUCGGCAUCACCGACCCGGACACGCAGACGCUCAUCAACGGCCUCCUGCAGAUAUUCAACUUUGUCGCCGCCGCCUCCGCCGCCUUCCUCGUCGACCGACUCGGCCGCCGCACCCUGUUUCUGUGGUCCGGCUUCGGCAUGCUGGCGUCCUUCAUCAUCUGGACGGCCUGCAGCGCGACCUUUGACAUGACGGGCUCCAACGCCGCGGGUAUCGUCGUGCUGGUGUUCAUCUUUGUGUAUUUCUUCCAUUAUGACAUCGCCUACACGCCCCUCCUCUUCGGCUACCCCACCGAGAUCUUCCCCUACAGCCUCCGCGCCAAAGGCCUGACGGUUGAAAUGAUCAGCAUCUACGGCUCCCUGGUAGUCUUGGCGUUCGUGAACCCCAUCGCCCUCGACAAUAUCGGGUGGCGCUACUACAUUGUCUUCUGCAUCAUCCUGGGCUUUAUCGUUGUGACGACGUGGUUUUAUUUCCCUGAGACAAAGGGCCAUUCGCUCGAGGAGAUUGCGGAGAUCUUUGACGGGGAGAGUGUGGCGCCGAGGAGGGCGAGUUUCGUGGCGCGGGGAGGUCGGGAGGGGAAGAGGGAAGAGGAGGAUGAGAUGGUGGGGAGCAGUAAGGAGGGGAGUGUUGGUGAGGUGGAGCAUAUUGCGAGGACGUCGAAGGGGGUAUGA